UUUGCAGCAAGCUUUCCUUCAUCUGAAAAUGGCUUACAAUCUUCAACCCCUCAUUACCAUUCUUGAAGGUAUCCUUGAUCCUGCCCAAACACGAUGGUUUGUUGAUGAAAACAACCCCCAACUCCAAUCCCUCCUUAACAAAGCUACUUAUCUUCAGCACCUCCUUAGUAGUAAAUCUUCAUUCACCAAACUAGACAGCCAAAUCAGAGAAGUAGCACAUCAAGCUGAAGACAUCAUUGAAUCCCACGUGGUUGAUCACAUGCUCUCCGGAUCUAAUUGUGUGAGAUUCACUUUGUCCACACCGGAUCUGCAGCAAGUAACACGAGAACUUGAUUUUGUUAUGGAGCAAGCGAAGAAGCUCAUGGAGAUGGAAGAUAAAAGGAUGCUGCGAGAGCUUGAUUCUGCUAUGGAACAACUGAAGCUCGUGGAUAAGAACAUGCCUUCUAGCAGUUCAUCAAGUUCCAAGAGGGUUGUGGUUGGAAUUGAUGAAGAUCUGAUGCAGCUCAAGGAUCGGCUGACCUGUAUGGAGAAGAAGCGGGUGAUCGUCCCCAUCGUUGGUAUGGGUGGAGUAGGUAAAACCACUCUUACACAAAAGCUUUACGAAGAUCCUUUGAUUGUUGAUCACUUUUGUUAUCGUGCUUGGACCACAAUCUCACAAGAUUACAAUAUGCGGCAAAUUCUCUUAAGCCUUCUUAGUUGCAUAAUCGGAAAAGAAGAAUGCGAUCAACAUAAGCAGAAGGGAAGGCAUGAGUUAAAAGAUAUAUUGUAUAAGAGCUUGUAUGGUAGAAAGUACCUAAUUGUAUUAGAUGAUAUAUGGAGCACAAAAUUCUGGGAUGAAAUAAGAAUGUACUUCCCGGAUGACAACAACGGGAGUCGCAUUGUGAUCACAACUAGGGAAUCUGGUGUGGCGAACUAUGUAGACUCGUUGAGUGCGCAACAUCAGGUGCAGUUGCUUAGCGAUUCUGAAAGUUGGAAUCUUCUUUAUCAAAUUGUGUUUGGAGAAGAGGAUUGCCCUAUUGUACUACAAGAGAUUGGUCAAAAGAUUGCCAGAGGUUGUGGUGGGCUUCCUCUAGCUAUCAGUGUGGUUGGAGGGCUACUAUCUAAAAUGGAAACAUCAUUAGAUGUUUGGAAGAAAAUUGGGAACAAUGUAAUAUCAGCAAUUGCUGAUUCAGAUAAGCAAUGCUCUAGCAUAUUGUCUUUAAGUUAUAAUCACUUGCCGAAUUACUUGAAACCAUGUUUAUUAUACAUGGGAGCUUUCCCUGAAGACUACAUAAUUAAAGGCUCUAAACUCGUACGUUUGUGGGUGGCUGAAGGAUUUGUAAAACAAAAUGAGAAAAGAACUUUGGAGGAAGAGGCCGAGGAUUGGCUAAAGUCUCUAGUAGAGAGAAAUCUAAUUAUGGUCAGAGAAUACAAAAAGUAUGGAAAACCAAAGAGGUACAACAUGCAUGAUAUGUUGAGGGAUCUAUGCAUUAGGAAACCUGAUCAAGACAAGUUUCUAUAUGUGAAUAAUGGAUCCAAGGUGACCUUCUCUAAUCCACGCCGUGCGAGUUUUGACAUAUCAAAUGGAAUGGAAGAUGUUAAUUGUUCAACAGAGACCAUGUCACUUACUCGAUCGAUUAUAUGCAUUUGUUCUGAGAGGGAUGAACUUCCAUGUGGUGCCUUUUUCGUGCCAAGAUUGCUAAGAGUGUUGGAUUUUAUGCAUAUGUGGUUCGAAGAGUUCCCAACUAAAAUAUUUGAAUUUGUCAACCUACGCUUCUUAGGUGUCAAGUGUCGUUCAAGAAUACCUAGAGGAAUAUCGAGAUUGCGGAAUUUGCAAACCUUGACUGGUAAAUGUAGGUUUGAUAUGCCAUUUGAGAUAUGGCAGCUGUCUGAGUUAAGAAAUCUGAAUUUGAAUGGAAUUGAGUUGUUAAAAGAUGAGGAAAUGAACUACUACAUUCUGAAGAAGCUGCAAAUGAUUUCAUAUAUGACUCUAACUGUAAAGGAAGCCACUUGGGAUGGUUUUUUCAAAAGCAUCCCGAAUAUUAAAAAAAUUUCAAUCGAUAACCGCCUCCGAACUUCAUCUACUGCAAUUGAUCUUAGCCAUCUUCACAAGCUCGAGAUAUUAAGAUGCAUUAAUAUCAGAACCGUAUCCUUUCCAGACAGUCGUUCCAAAGUUAUAUUUCCUUGUAAUAUCAUAAAACUAGUACUGGAUGGGUGUGUAACAAAUUCAGGAGUGUUGAGGACUCUGUGUGCCUUACAUAAGCUGGAAGUGCUCACGAUAGCGGGUUGCAAGUUUAAAAGCAAGGAGGAGAUACGUGAAGAAGAGUGGGAGUUAGCGGAUGGAGAUGAGUUCUGUUCACUACAGUUUCUAUCUCUUCAAUUUUUGAAUCUUGUGCGUUUGAUAGCCGAUGAGACCAACUUCCCUAGACUGUGCCACCUCUUUGUACGCAACUGCAAGUAUCUAGAGGAAAUCCAUAGCGGCAUUGGAGAAAUCCCAACACUCCAGUUAAUCGAGUUGGAAGAAUGCAGAGAAUCUGCAGUGGCUUCAGCAAAAAGGAUUGAGGAGGAGCAAUCUGAAUACGGCAACUACCAUCUCAAGCUGAGUAUUGCACACACGCAGCUGUGAUCGCACUCCAAAAGUCUUAUUCUUCAUGAAAUCUUCAAGGAGUCGGAUGCAAUGCAGCUGGGGAAGAAAGACUUCUGUCUAGGGGUGCUGUUAGUCGCUGAGUGUGUUCGCAAAAGGUGCUUUUCAGCUGCUGCAGCUCCAGGAUGACAUCAGAAGACAGUGCAAGCUCGAAGGUGGUGGUGAGGAGGACGAUGUAGAAGCACAUCUACGACAGAACAGGGAGGCGCUCAUGAACUCGCUGUGGAAACUGAAUGUGGUAGACAUUGAGAUCACUCUGGUUCAUGUCUGUCAAAUGGUGCUUCAAGACAGCCAUGUGAGAAGGGAAGAGCUCAAGACGAGGACCGUUGCUCUGAAAAAUCUAGGGAGAGUUUUUCAGAGUCAAAAGUUGAAUCAAAAUGGUGGAACAUCAAAGAAGAAAGUUAAAGAUGAGAGCAGCUCUGAUAGUAGUGAUGAUGAGGACUCUCACAGACCACUCAAUUACAAAACACCUCUUGUUACACAGGGCAUAGAAGGACUCUUCAGGUGUCUCUGUAACCUGGUGUUCGACGUUGAUGACGACGAAAUUGUGUAUAGGGGAAGAUGAGUGUACCAUCAGAUUGUUGAUCUGUUUAGACAAUUCAAGGCUGUUUUGUUAGAACACAAAAUUUGUGUUUUAGUACAGGCUCAGUUUCUUAAAACUAAGUGUCUGUUUCAGACAUUGAUUAUUUCAUCACGUUCUUUUUUUUGUGGAGAAAAUGUCUAAUUUUCAA